AUGGCUGCCAGUGCGAGCGGUGAUAAAGCAGCGGAUGAUUCACUGUAUCCGAUUGCCGUGUUGAUUGAUGAGUUGAAAAAUGAAGAUAUUCAGCUGCGCCUGAACUCGAUCAAGAAACUAUCGACAAUUGCACUUGCCUUGGGCGAGGAACGCACCCGCAAUGAGCUUAUUCCCUUCUUGACGGAGUCCAUCUACGACGAGGAUGAGGUGUUGCUGGCAUUGGCCGAGCAGCUCGGUAACUUCAUUCCGCUGGUUGGCGGACCCGAAUAUGCGAUGUAUUUGAUUCCACCGCUUGAGUCGUUGGCUACGGUCGAGGAGACGGUGGUGCGCGAGAAGGCGGUGGAAUCGCUCCGUACUGUUGCCGGACAGCACAGUGCCCAGGAUUUGGAGGUUCAUCUCGUGCCAACGUUGCAGCGUUUGGUAUCGGGCGAUUGGUUCACAUCCCGCACGUCCGCGUGUGGACUGUUUUCCGUGUGCUAUCCGCGUGUAUCGGCCGCCGUGAAGUCGGAACUGCGCAUUAACUUCCGCACACUGUGCCAGGACGAAACGCCCAUGGUGCGCCGUGCUGCUGCUGGGAAGCUUGGGGAGUUCGCUAAGGUGGUCGAGCUGGAGUACCUCAAGUCGGAUUUGAUUCCCACGUUCGUACAGAUGGCACAAGAUGAGCAGGACUCUGUUCGGCUGCUGGCUGUGGAGGCUUGCGUUAGCAUCGCUCAGCUGCUUCCCCAGGAUGAGGUCGAACUCAAUGUGAUGCCAACGCUGCGCCAGUGCGUCAAUGAUAACUCAUGGCGCGUCCGAUAUAUGGUGUCGGAAAAGCUGACCGAUUUGCAGAAGGCUGUCGGGCAGGAGAUUACCAAGAACGAUCUCGUCUCUGCCUUCCAGUUUCUGUUGAAGGAUAGCGAGGCCGAGGUGCGUGCCUCAGCCUCGGCCAAGGUGACCGAAUUCUGCGCCAAUCUGGACAAAGCCUGCCAGGAACAGAUCAUUAUGACGUCGAUUUUGCCGUGCGUGAAGGAACUCGUCGCCGACUCGAACCAGCACGUGAAGUCGGCUCUCGCGUCGGUCAUCAUGGGUCUGAGCCCGAUCGUGGGCCGCAACAAUACGAUCGAGCACCUGCUGCCGCUCUUCCUGAUCCAGCUGAAGGACGAAUGGCCCGAGGUGCGGCUUAACAUUAUCUCGACACUGGACUGCAUCAACGAUGUGAUCGGCAUUCAGCAGCUGUCCCAGUCGCUGCUGCCCGCCAUCGUUGAGCUGGCGGAGGAUAGCAAAUGGCGUGUCCGUCUGGCCAUCAUCGAGUACAUGCCGCUGCUGGCCGGUCAGCUUGGGCAGGAAUUUUUCAACCAGAAGCUGCGCGAUCUGUGCUUCAACUGGCUGAACGAUCACGUGUACGCGAUCCGUGAGGCAGCCACACUGAACAUGAAGAAAAUUGUGCAAACGUUCGGCACCCAGUGGGCGGAAACGAACAUUAUCAGCCAGAUUUUGGUCAUGAACAAAAACAGCAACUAUCUGCACCGAAUGACCUGCCUGUUCUGCAUUAAUGCGCUGGCCGACGUUUGCGGUGCGGACAUCAUCGAGCGGCUGUUCCUGCCGACCAUCAAAGUAUUAUCGACGGAUCCGGUUGCGAAUGUGCGCUUCAACGUGGCGAAAACCCUACAGAAACUGUCGCCAUUCCUCGACCAGGCUGCCAUCGACGAGCACGUGAAGCCGAUCCUGGAGAAGCUCAAUACCGACACCGACGUGGACGUGAAAUACUUUGCCUCGGAAGCGAUGGUGAGCAGUGCCGCAGCCUAAAUAAAGC